GGCGGGGCUGGAUCCUAGCUGCGGCCAAUGGCGCACGGGGUGAGUGUUGAAGGGUGGAAGGUGCUCCUAGCCGGUUGUGCUGGUUCCUUUCAGCAACUGUGCUGGGUUACUUGGUCGUCAUGGAGGCCGUCUUGACUGAGGAGCUUGAUGAGGAGGAGCAGCUGGUGAGAAGGCAUCGCAAAGAGAAGAAGGAGUUGCAAGCCAAAAUUCAGGGUAUGAAGAAUGCUGUCCCCAAGAAUGACAAAAAGAGGAGGAAGCAACUUACUGAAGAUGUUGCUAAGUUAGAAGCAGAAAUGGAACAGAAACAUAAAGAGGAGCUGGAGCAAUUGAAGCUGACUUCUAAGGAGAGUAAAAUAGAUUCUGUUGCUGUCAAUAUUUCAAACUUGGUUCUUGAGAAUCAGCCGUUUCGGAUAUCAAAAGCACAAAAGAGACGGGACAAAAAAGCUGCACUGGAAAAGGAGCGGGAAGAAAGGAUAGCUGAAGCUGAAAUUGAAAACUUAACUGGAGCUAGACAUGUAGAAAGUGAAAAACUUGCUCAAAUAUUGGCAGCUAGACAGUUGGAAAUUAAACAGAUUCCAUCUGAUGGCCACUGUAUGUAUAGAGCCAUUGAAGAUCAACUGAAAGAACAGGACUGCAGUCUGACUGUGGCUGCCUUAAGAUGUCAGACUGCUGACUAUAUGCAAAGCCACGUGGAAGACUUUCUGCCAUUUUUAACAAAUCCUAAUACAGGAGAUAUGUAUACUUCAGAAGAGUUUAGAAAGUACUGUGAUGAUAUCAUAAACACUGCUGCAUGGGGAGGUCAGCUUGAGCUAAGAGCUCUGUCUCACAUUUUACGAACACCAAUAGAGAUAAUACAGGCAGAUUCUCCUCCUCUUGUAGUUGGUGAAGAAUAUCCAAAAAACCCAUUAAUACUUGUUUAUAUGAGACAUGCAUAUGGCUUAGGAGAACACUACAAUUCUGUUAAACGGUUGGUGAACACAGCUAGUGAAAAUUGCAGCUAGUCUAUAAAAUGUUGCUGUUAUGUUUUAGUACAGUGUGCUGACCUGAGUAUUAAUACCAAGUGUUGGAUUGUUCUAAAUGUUUCCGAAAUAAAACAACUACUUAAAUCA